CUAUCAUCAUACUCCGCUAUCACGCCUUCUACAAUACCAGUCUCAUCUCUCCGAUAUAACCUUCAGCAACCACUUUACAUACCACCAAUCAGCAUGUCUGCCGACCAACAAAACGAUAUCCCUGCCGGCAUUGCCCACGACAAUGACUACGUUAGCCGUACGGGACAGAAUGAGAUCCCCGUCCAGAAAGAUGAAGCUCCUGUGAGCGAUCCUUACAGCGUCGAAUCUGCCGACUCAGACGAACAACUUCAGCGAGAUGAGAAUGAUGCCAUUGACAGGAGCAACAUCGUUGAAGGCCGCACUCGUGGAGCCACCAAAGAGGCUGGCACCUACGUCGAGCCCGGCGAUGAGGAGGGUCUUCCUACUGACAACGGAAGAUCCGCCAUUGCUCAAUAGAUUG